CGCCUCAUCCCCCGUCGGCUAAAUCACAGUGGAGCGAAUUGGUGAGAUUAACCCAAAUAGCCUUCGUUAGUCGGGGAAAACGCUCCGUGUCCGUCGUGCGUAAUAUGCGUUAAGGCGUAGAAAAGCGACGCCAUGGACUUCUACAUCAAUCUGAAGGUGAAUUUCAGGGGAAAUUCCAAAAAUUUCCUCCUGUCGGGAUCCGAGACCAAGAGCUGGGAGUCGAUGGAGGCCAUGGUGAAGCGUUCAUUCGGCCUGUGCAGUCUUCAGCUGACCUAUUUUGAUGAGGAGAACGAGGAGGUGUCCAUUAAUAGCCAAGUGGAAUACGAGGAGGCGUUGAAAAGUGCAGCGAGGCAGGGGAACAGACUCCACAUGAAUGUGUACGAGACUCGGGGCCAGCCGGCAAAAGUCCCCACCACCAAGGCCAGCGGCACAGAGCCCAAGAGGGGCUUCAGACCCCCGCAGCACUGCCCCUCUCUGGCCCAGGUGGUCAGCCGCAAAAUCCAGGCUGCAGUACCAGAACAGGGCAUGGUGAUCCUGAAAGACGUGAAGGGGACCAAAGAAGAAGACAAGACUCCUCCAGCCUGGUUCACCUCUUAUAUGGAGAAGUUUAAGGACCAGGUGGUUCGUGAGGCGGUGGAGAAGAUCUGUCGGGAGUUCUCUGGACAGUGCUGCAUUCACAAACCCCUGGGAGGAGGAGCAGGAGGAGCAGGAGGUGGGGGAGGUAGAGCGGAAGCAGGAGGAGGAGCGGAGGCCCAGCAGGUCCCUGAGGUCUCCUCCUCCACUCUGCCUGGAGCUCCAUCCUCCUCCACCCCUCCCUGCUCCUCCUGCCGGGGCCAGACCACCGGAGGAGGCUACCAGUGCAGUGUGUGUACGUCCUGUACUCUGUGCGAGCCCUGCAGCUUCUCUCAUGAUCCCAGUCACAACCUGGUGAGAGCCAGAACUCCUCUGUCCAUCCCAGAGCACGGAUCACCUGCCCCGGACCACAGCAGGUUCUACAGGCGAGGCGACCGCAGUUUCCGGAAGGCAGAGAAGCAGCGUCUGAAAGCGGAGAAGCGUCUCCUGAAGGCCGAGGUGAAAGAGAUCCGGAAACAGCUGAGAAUGGAGAGGCGGGGCAUACAAUGGAGCUCCUCCCACAGAGACGGAAGCUCCUCCCCCGUCCUUCUGCAACCUCGAGCCACCCAGCACAACAGCCCCGAGCGUCCAAAGCGUCCCUGUCCGCUGGUGGUUCCAGCCAUGACGGCUGCAUUUCUGGACGAGAACCUUCCUGAUGGGACCCGACUGCGUCCCGGGACCAAAUUUAUCAAGUACUGGAAGAUGAGGAAUACUGGAACGAUCUGCUGGAGCACUGAUACCAAGCUGAAGUUCAUGUGGGGAAACCUGGCGGUGGGUUCUGGGGACCGUUGGAGAGAAGUGUCUGUUCCCUUCCUCCAGCCCGGACAGGUUGGGAUAGUGAGUGUGGCGCUGUGUGCUCCCACCGUGGAGGGCUCCUACACCUCCCACUGGCGUCUGGCCCACGCUGGUGAGCAGUUCGGGCCCAGGGUGUGGUGCAGCAUUGUGGUCGAUCCUCUGGCCCCAGCGCCGAUGAUGGCUGAUGGGAUACUGGUGUCACCAUGUGUCACACCACAGGGCAAGAACCCAGUGGCAAAGGAUGGAAAAGCCUGUGCAGCUCGCGAGCAACCAUUAAUGUCAGUGGAUCAAGAAGAGUACUACAUCCCUUCUGUGGACCUGCUCACUGCACAGGAUCUUCUGUCUUUUGAGCUGUUGGACAUCAACAUCGUCCAAGAGUUGGAGAGUGUCCCCAACAACACCCCUGCUGACAUGACUCCCUGCAUGUCCCCUCUGCCUCAAGAGGGACACCUGCAGGACAAGAGCAGUCCUUCUCUGGGUCUCAUCCAGGAAGAGACGGAGGUUAUCACUAGCAUCAUGGAUGUUCCUAGCGGGACGGGAUCGGGCGCAGAGGGGGGCGGAGUCCCGGCUCAGGAGGAAGGGGAAGAUGACAUUAGCGGGACACAGUUUGUUUGUGAGACUGUGAUUCGCUCAAUGACCCUAGAGGAGGCCCCUGACCACGCCCCUCUGAGAGGGUCCCGCCCAGGAACAGGUAAAGUGCUUCGUCCGGCUGCUCAGGGCGGCUCCUCUCUAUCCUGUGUGAAGAGUAAAACAGUGAAAACAGAGGAGAGCCCAGACAGCAGCCCCAGCACCUCUAGAAACACCCUGAAACCACCGGCUAUGCUGAAGGCUUCCCUCCCUCCCCCACUGAAAGCCUCCCUGCCUGCUCCCCUGUCGAUGGCCCUGACCCCGACCCCGGGACCCGGCCCCAGCUCAGCACCGACCCCGCUCCUCGCUCCGCCCAGGUCCUCUACACUGCAGGAGCACACAGCCACAGCUGAAGGUGAAGAGUCCCACAUGGAGAACAUCUGUGUGGAGUCCAGGCUGAAGGAGAGACAGAAGGGGCCUGAGGAGGAGAAGGAGAAAGAGGGCGAGGAGAAGAGAGAAGGGACGAGGAGUCGCUCUUCCUCCACCUCCUCGGAAGAUUACAUCAUCAUCCUCCCUGACUGCUUCGAUACCAGUCGGCCACUGGGGGAGUCUAUGUACAGCUCUGCUUUAUCUCAGCCUGGUGACAUACCAGCCAAGACCCCCACUGACCCAGAAACCCCGUCUCCCGACUGCCCGGGCAGUUUCACCCCAGGGGAGGAGCUGGGUGAGGCAGAUGAAGCUGUGGCGGCUCCAGGGACAGGGGUGUCGGGCACCAGCAGCGCCAACGACAUGCUUUGUACAUCUCAGACGCUGGAUGAUGAACCGUUGACACCUGAGGUGGUGGCUCCUCCUAAAGCCGUCCUCACACAAAGUCCAGGGAGCAGUGGAGAAACAGAUGCUGACCCUGCUGCUGCUGCUGCUGCUGCUGCUGCUGCUGCUGCGGAAGGAGUAGAGGGCUCUGAACUGUACCAGACUGAAGACGCCUCUGAUCCUGAACAAACUCAGACAGAAGCUACAGAAGCUACUGAAGACACAGAGGAGGACAACCCUGAGGACCCCAGGCACCCAGGCAUCACCAGUGGCCUGGUGAAAGGAGCUCUGUCAGUAGCUGCUUCUGCCUACAAAGCUCUGUUCACUGGACAAGGCCCCACACAGCCUCCAGUUGAUGCAUCCACCCAGGACACCAUGAUGGCUGUGUUGGUGGAGAUGGGUUUUGGGGACCGGCCGCUGAACCAGCGGCUGCUUAAGAAGUACAACUACAACCUGCUGGACGUGGUCAACGAGCUUGUUCAGAUGACUGACAAUGACUGGUACUCUACACGCUACUGAUGAUAGAGAGAUGAAGAAGUGUAGGAAGAGGAGAAAAGGAGUGAGAAGGAGAUGAAACAUUGAAUUAUAAAUGAAGAGAGAAGAGAAAGAAAGACUGGGAGAGAGAAAUUGAUUUCUGCUCAUCUGCCUUUUUGCCUUCCUCCUUCUGCCCAUCUCUCCUCUCGAUGGUCCAGGUGGAUGGAGAUCAAUCUUCUCUUUGACCAUGUAAGGAGACAUUCCAACAAACACUCUGGGAUAUUGUACCGGAGCAUCCAACUCCCCCUGUCUGUAGUGUUACUUUCAGAUUAGGUCUUGUUAGUGUCGGGACAGCUGCUUUGCAUAGGAAUAUAUGAUAAAAGAACAUGUUCCUAAAGUCUUAAAGGAGCUAUGUGUAGCAUUUAGCAUUUUUCAAACUUAAGACCACAUAUCCCACGAGCCCCACUGUAGCCUGCAAAGAGGGUACAUAGCACCAUUUCUUCUGAAAAGUAUAAAAGCUGAUAAAAGCUAUCAGUAAUAGAAAAUAUGUAUUUUAAUGUAGCACAGUAUGCUAAUUUGUAGUUGUGUUACCUAAACACAAAACAUUUCCACAUCGAAAUAAUAAUAGUUAUGAUUUCUUUGAGUUGAAAUGCUACACAUAGCGCUUUUACCUGGCACAGUGAGAUACUAUCAAGUAUACUCAUCUGCUGAGAAUAAUGGAGAUCACUUUGCUACCAUUCAACCUCACAGAUCCACCUUGAAGUUAUCGUGUGGUUUUUCCAUACACCAAACAGCUCAGAGCACUGAUAUACUUCCUUUUAACUGUGUGGGUGUUCAUGUGUGUGUUUGUUUGUUUGUGUGUGUGUGUGUGUGUGUGUGUGUGUUCUUGUACUUCCUACAUAGUGAGGACCGGAACACGUUUUUAACCAACAGAGUGAGGACAUUUCGGCCGGUCCUCACUUCUUUUAAGGCUUUUUUUUGAGAUUUCAGUCUUUGUUUUAAGGGUUAGAGGUUACAUGAUAAUGAUAAUUAACUGAAACUGUAUUGUGUGGUUACAAAACUAACUAAAAUUAUAGUGAAAACCUCCUUCGUUUUCAUCUUUGUCAACUUUUUUCAUACAUAAUGAAGAUGGAUAGGACAAAGAGAAUAAAAUCAAAAUGUACUGUGACCUCUUUUAAUCUCCCACCCAACAAAUACCCCAUUACAAAAAAAUUAAAACUAACACAAAAAAUAAUAAAAACUAAACUAAAACUAAAGGAUUUUAAAAUAAAUAAAUAAAAUUAAAACUAAAACUAAUGAAAAAUCCAAAACUAUUAUAACCUUGCAAGGGAAUUCACUAUUACAAUGAGGGCCCUCACAAAGAUAGAAGUACAAGAAUGUGUGUGUGUGUGUGUGUGUGUGUGUCUGUCUCUGUGUGUCUUUUGGGCAUGCUGGUUCCUUUGGAGAAUCUGCUGUUUACGUCCUCAAAAAUUUUCGCUACACAUUCUUCAAGAUGUAGCUAAGCAGAGAGACUAGUCACCAGUUUUUCAACCAUGGUCUUAACAUUGUACAAUAUGUCAAAUUCAUAGAGUGUUGCCAUGUUAAGUGAUGUUUACAUUGAAAAUUCUUCAAUGAAAACUUUGGAUUUUCAGUAUUGGUAGUAUAGGCCUCAGGUUUUGGCUUGGGUCUGGGUCUCAAAUUUGGUUGGGUCUGGACUUAAAGUUGCCGGUACGAUCCAGGUCAAUCCAGGUCUUUUUUUAAAUCCAGAUAAGGGUUCAGGGAUAUGACGAGGUUUUUAAUUUACUGGAUUAGCCAAAAGCAUACACUGCCACCUGGUUAUUUUAUUUUUAAAUACAUUUUCAAUUGGUUUCCCAGAGAUAUUUUCGGAAAAUCCACUUACUGGUUACAUACAGUGUAUCAAUAAUGGGAUACAGAAUUAUAUAUAGUCUUAUAUUAAUUAGUGUUGUUGGCAGACAGGUAUAAGAACAAAGUUGACUGUGUUGGAGCCACUUGUCAAUGCAUUCAUAUCAGUAAAAAGCAAGUAUAUCAUGAUCUUCAGAGCUUGGUACUCAGCUAUGAUCUGUGCUCAUUUAAGUUGAAGUAUAUUACAUUACAGCUGCAUAAUAAUAAUGAUUAUUAUUAUUAUUAUUAUAAUAAUAAUCAAUCAAUAUUAUUAUUCUUUUAAUGUGUCAAUAUCACUGGAUCAUUCAAAGGGUUUUCACACCUUUCACUGUUCUUUAUGCAUACUCUGAAGAUUGGUUGAUUGUUACGGCAGAAAAAUAAAUUCUCUUAUAAAGUUGAAAACUAACCUCCUGGAGCCUUACAUGCUGGUCAGACUAAAGUCAGUAUGCUUCAAUGAACUAGUUUGUAAAACUUUGUCGCACAACCCCCAUCAGCAAGUGUUUCUACCUGUUGUGAACGGCCACAUUCAAAGCAUCUUCUUCCCGCUGCAUCCCACCAUCAUUCUAUUUCUACCGGUUGUCAUUAUUUAAAUAGUCAAGUGCUGAUGAUGCUGCAUGACAUCACCAGAACUGUCCAAUAAAUGAGUGUGAACAUGAAACAGACAAGAAGGUCUUUUUUUCUCUGCUUGUUUUGGACCAAAUAGACCAAACAACAGGUGUAAAGCACCUCAGAUGACCUAAUAUUCCCUUUGUUUGAAGCAUACUGAGGUUAGAAAAUGUUAAAAAUGGAGGCCUCGUACCAUCAUUGUAUUACUCUUUUUAUAACAUCACACGUUACACAAAUCAGCCAUAGACAUUUGGCUGAUUUGUGUAACUGCAUUUAGUUGGGGGUAUCCUUUAUAGGGCUUUUCGACCAGAGCCGGUUCCCAGCUGGUGCCCAAUUGCGAACGGUUCUGCUCCUGGCUGGGAAAACUGGUUCCACAGUGGCACCAACUCUGCUGGUUUUGAACGGCAAACCACUUACGUCAGGGGCUGGGGACGGGGCUAUCUGACCAACAAGACCAACUCGGUGCUGUUGAGAGAAACCAACUAAAACGUGUAACAUUCAUUUAUUCAAUAUAUUUAAUUGCAAUGUGAUUGAUACAUGCAAGCUAACGUGCUAACAUUAGUGGGCGAUCGAUAGCAUGAUAGCGUUAGCAGGCUAGCAAGACCAAGACCAAUACCAACUUGGUGCCAUUGAGAGAGACCAACUAAAAUGUGUAUCACUCAUUUAUUUGAUUUGUUUAACUGCAAUGUGAUUGUUUCAGGCGAGCUAGCAUGCUAACGUUAUCGGGCAAUCUAUAGCGUGCUAACGUCAACGGGCUAGCAAGACCAAAACCAACUUGGUUCCAUUGAGAGAGACCAACUAAAACGUGUAUAAUUAAUUUAUUUGAUUUGUUUAACUGCAAUGUGAUUGAUACGGGUGAGCUAGCAUGCUAACAUCAGCGGGCGGUCGAUAGCUGGCUAACGUUAGCUGGCUAGCAAGUUGAAUCAACUGUGAACCAGCACUAGCACCGGCUCCAAACCGGCCUUGAAACCGCUUUGGUCGAAAAGGGGUAUUAAUGACUUAAAUUAGGAUUCAGCUAUGUUGAGUUGAAUCUCCUCAGCAAAGCUCAUGUGUGUUCAUAUCAGUUUGUACUCCUGUCAUCUGUUUUGUGCUUCUUCAGAGUGGUCAGGUGUGGGGCUGAUACUGCCCUUUUAGUAUGUACAGUAACAGUAAGGUCAUUCCGAACUUAAACUGGAAUCAAACAGUGUGUGACAAUGUGAAAAUGUGCUUGUUUUUUUUCCCUUCACAAAUGUAUGAAUAUAUAAAGAACCUCCUAGUUGGAAGCAAUGAAUCAGUUGACUUUGUUUGUUUGAGUUAAAAAAAAUUAAGUUUAAGGUGCUUUUGCUUCGGAUGCUUGAAGACUGUUUGGUGAUGAUGUUGUAUUUUUAGGCUUAUUGUGUGGUGGUUGAGUUUGCUCUGCGGUAUGUGUGUGUUAGUGUUUUCAC